AUGCAUUUUAAAGAAUGUAUGACUCCAUCUACGGGUGCUGCUCCCAGCACUUUCUUCUCUGCUGUUCAGUUCGUGAUGUCUGCACAAUGUCUUAUACAAACCAGAGAUUGGCCUGAAGACGCUGAAUUACAGGAUUUCGAAGAGUUUGACUUCAUAAUUGUUGGUGCUGGAACAGCUGGCAGUAUUUUGGCAAACAGACUAACAGAAAUUAAAGAUUGGAAGGUACUUCUUGUAGAAGCUGGAGGGGAUCCUCCCAUCGAAAGUGAUAUACCGGGUUUGACUAAUAGUCUAUACGACUCAAAAUUUGAUUGGAAAUAUACAACAGUAAAUAACGGGUUAACUAGUCAAGCCAAUAAAGGUGGGAAUAUUAAAUGGCCUCGAGGUAAAAUGCUAGGAGGCAGCAGUAGCAUAAACGUAAUGGCUUAUGUCAAAGGCCAUCCUAAAGAUUUUCAAUCUUGGUAUGACGAAGGUAAUAAAGAAUGGCAUCCAGAUAUAGUCAAUAAAUAUUAUCAUAAAGCUGAAAGUUUACAAGAUCAUAUGUUACGGAAAAACCCUGCAAUUCAAAAUGAAUAUGGCCACCACGGUCCUCUUUUUAUAAAUACUUACAAUAUAACCAAUACUACUUUAAUAGACGAAAUACUUACCUCUUUUGAUGAAAUUGGAAUGAAACCAGUAGAAGACCUUAAUACUGUUAACAAUAUGGGUUCUGGUAGAUUGAGAGUGACUGCAACUGAUGGAAAAAGAAUAAGCUCUGCAACAGCAUAUCUUAACCCUGCACGCAAUAGGAAAAAUUUGAAGGUUGCAAAAAAAUCGUAUGUGACUAAAAUUCUUUUCAAUGGAAAAACUGCAACUGGAAUCGAAAUGGAUCGUAAAGGUCACAAAUAUAAAUUGAAGGCAAAACUUGAAGUUAUUAUAAGCGCAGGUACUAUAAACACUCCUCAACUACUAAUGUUGUCUGGUGUAGGACCUAAAAAGCAUCUUGAAGAAAUUAAUAUUCCAACUGUGGUAGACUCACCUAUGGUCGGGCAGAAUUUACACGAUCAUACUAGUAUUCCCACCUUAAUCUUUGCCGAUGAACCAGAAGCGAUGGAUGAAACUACAAAAGAUAUGGAGUCAAUUAAAUACUUAUAUGACCGUAAAGGAUACUUAGCAUAUCAUCCUUACCAAGACUUGACCGCAUUUUAUUCCGCAGACCCCGAUUCAACGUACCCAGAUUUUCAAGCCCUCGUUGUGUUUCAUUAUAAACACGAUGGAAGUAUAAAAAAAUUUGCUUCAGAAUAUGUAAAAUCAGUUGAGAAUUCAGUGUUAAAACUUGGUAAAAAUAGAGCAAUGUUUCAAGUUAGAAUAAGUAUUUUGCAUCCUUAUUCUAGAGGAAACAUAUCAUUAAGUUCAAAUAAUCCAUAUGAUCAUCCUCUGAUAUACUACAACAGCUUUAGUGAUGAUAGAGAUUUAGAUGCAACAGUUACAGCAAUUAAAAUGCUUCUUAAAAUUGUGGAUACGAAAUUCUUCAAAUCCAUUGGUGCAACAACGGGCCGGCUUAAGCUGCGUGCUUGUGACGGUUAUGAAUUCAACAGUGAUGCAUAUUUCAGAUGCAUUGCUGUAAACAUGGCUAGUACUAUUUACCAUCCUGUGUCCACUGCAAAAAUGGGCCGUGAUAUUAGUAGUUCAGUGGUUAGCAGUAGGUUGAAGGUCCAUGGCAUAGACCACCUUCGUGUUAUUGAUGCCAGCGUAAUGCCUUCUAUCACAAGUGGAAAUAUUAAUGCACCCACCGUCAUGAUUGCUGAGAGAGCAGCCGAUUUAAUAAAAGAGGAUUAUAAUAAACUUAGAUAA